AUGAAGAUUGCAGGACGGACAUUCGUCGUCUCGGGCGGCGCAUCUGGCCUCGGCCGUGCCUGUGUGCGGGACAUUGUCGCAAGCGGCGGCAACGCGGCCGUCCUGGACAUGAACGAAGAGCUAGGCAACGCCCUAGUCAAGGAACUCGGCCCGGCCUUGGUCAGGUUUUUCGUCUGCGAUGUCGCCGACACGGACAACAUUGCUGCCGUCGUGAAAGCCACGGUCGACUGGGUGAAGCAGACGGGCAAACCGCUAGGCGGCAUCAUCCCAGCCGCCGGCGUUGGCCGACCUGGUCUGAUAAUCGACAAGAACCUCAACCCAGUCUCACUCGACGCUGUCGACUUCGUGCUGUCCAUCAACCUGCGGGGCACGCUAGACUUGGUGCGGCAGGUACUCCCCCACCUAGCCGCGACAGAGCCGGAAGGGCCAGACGGGGAGCGCGGGGUGGUUGUCAUGGUGGCCAGCGCGGCGGCGUUUGAAGGCCAGAUGGGCCAGGUGGCGUACGCCGCGAGCAAAGGGGCCGUGGCGGCCAUGACGCUGCCCAUGGCGCGGGACCUGUCGCGGUUCGGCAUCCGCGUCGUCACCAUCGCCCCGAGCUUGUUUGACUCGGCCAUGACUGCCGUUCUGUCGGACAAGGUGCGCCAGAGCCUGCUGAAGGCCAUGGAGUUCCCCGCCCGCCCGGGCCGGCCGGAGGAGUUCUCGUCGCUGGUGAAGCAGGCCAUUGAGAAUGUCAUGCUGAACGGUGUGGUCAUUAGGCUGGACGGAGCGACGAGGAUGCCGAGCAAGCUGUGA